AUGGCCCGAACAAGCGCCGCGCCGGCGCUGCCCAGCUCAGCGUCAAUUCCCUCUCUCCCCGUCGCGCUCCCUCCGCCAUCAGGCCGUAUACGGUCCAACUCAAAUAUCUCGGGCCGCCUGAGUUCGAGCGGCCGUCUCUCGCCUGCCGCCCUCGACCUGCUGCAGACGCCGCAUCCCAACAGGGACCCGAACCGUGAUCGCGGCGCAUUGGAGCCUGUACCUGCCAUGCCCACGCCUCCAGAGCGCUAUACUGGCCGAGAGCGUGAGCGGAAAGGCUCGCACCCAGCUCCACCAGAGCGGCCACCAGAACGCAAUACCAGCUUACCAGCGUUACUGGUCCCAGCUCCCUCCGUCGCUGUGCAACCCCCGUCUUCUUCCCAACCGUCCGCGGCUGCCCCGCCCUCUCUCUCUCCCUCCCAGGCCGCACCCCAACCCACUACGCCUCACACCCCAGCCAACCCUCCCCACGUCGCCUAUGACCGCAGCGCAGUCGUCACACCGCCACCUCGACCGCCUCGCGGGCCACUCCGAUCACCCGGCGCACCGCGGUCGCCAUCGAUGCCGAGCAUCACCACUGAGCUGAGCCUGAGCUCCAAGUCCAAGUCGGUGCAGCUUUGCCGGCGCGCUCUCGAGCACUCGAAAGACAACGGCGACACGCUCGACAUCAGCAGAGACCGCAAGCUCGACCGCAUUGACGGCGAGAUGGUUGACUUCUUCCGUACUCAGACAGGGCGCGAGAAACGCGGCGUGUGGCGCCUAGCACUCAGCUACAACGCGCUGCGCGACGGGUCUCUGGUCGCGUCCUUCUCCAAGCUCAACAGACUUCGAUACCUCAACCUCAAAGGGAACGACCUCACUGCCGUCCCAUCGCCGCUGCUGGAGCUUGCGUCGCUCGAGAUUCUGGAUUUGUCCAAGAACCAGAUCACGGCGCUGCCAGAGCGGCCCGGCCGCCUUGCCCACCUCAAGGUGCUUUCGCUGUCCCACAACAAGAUCUCGAUACUGCCCACGUAUCUCGCCGAGUUCCGGUACCUCAAAGUGUUCAAGGUCGACCACAACCCCAUUGCGUCGCCACCGCGAGACGUGCUCGGCCCGUUGAUCGAAGUUGAUGUGGGCCAGUCGGUGAGCGAAAGUGGCGAGAAGGAGAGCAAGAGCUCCGCCGCGCAGCGCAACGAGGAGGAUCUCAAACCGUGGAUCGAAGGGUUGCGCCGGUAUCUUCGGGAUGAGAUCGCCAGGGAAGCCGAAGCAGAGGCGGCGGCGGCCGCCGCCGAACAGGCCACAGUCGAAGACGCCACCGUCAAGGGUGUUUCAGAUGAGGACCCAACUGUCGCAGCUCCUUUGUUGACUGGGUACGACAUGCCGAUGGUCAGCGCCGAGCCAGCAUCAUAUGUUCCUCCUCCACCUUCAGAUUCUGGUUCGUCCCAGGUGACGAUGAAGCCAUGGGCACCACCGACAGAGGAGGGCCGUGCAACCCCGCAUUUGUCGUCACCCGAAACAGGGAUUGGGCAAAGGAAUGGAGGAGGGACUGGAUCCAGCGACAGUCUCAUUCCCACUGCAUCCUCUUCAUUGUCUCUCCCUUCACACCCAUUCCGGCACGACCGCUCCACAUCCUUCUCAUCAGUCACCCCACCCGUCUCCGCAUCCACCUCAUCAUCUGCUUCCGCCCAGCAGGCCAAGUUCCCCCACGCCCCACCCGCCAUCCCAAACGGACACACUCGCGGCGCAAGCUACACCGCGACGCAGCGGCACAGCGGCACGCUCACCGCUAAGAAGUCAUUACCCGACCUGCGACAGAGCCACGCCAAGAUUAUUGAGGAACGGAGAGGCGAGGCAAAGGACGAGCUACGUCCGCUCGGUCUGGGGAUAGGCCAGCAGCGUUGGCAAAGUAAGCUUCAGCGGCCGUUCGAGGAGACCAAACCUCCACCACGCCCUCUCAAGAUGACGACGGACGCGAUGCCCAGCCGUGCGCCGCCGUUACCAAACAUGGUCGACCGACGCGACAGUCAGGACGGCCCGACCGUCGACGAGUCGCGCAACUCGUACUUCCGGCGCCUCUCCACCCUUCCCCCGUCGACAAUCUCGAAACAGGUGUCGCCUGCGAUGCUCAUGUUUGUGGACUCGAUUCGCGGCAUCCUCUUCGCGCUCACGCAGACACACACCGCCCUGCGCCAGUACCUGAACUUUGCGGUGCCCGACCACGUCGCGACGACGUUUGCGCGCUACAUGCAGCCUGCAGGCGAGUACGUCGCGCACUUAAUCAACGCGCUUGAUCGCUUCGACUCCAUGUCGCGCCGCCCGACGCCUCCAGCCAGUGCAAUCCGCGGUGUGGUCGAGAGUGCGAAGGAGACGAUCAAGGUGUUUGCCAAACUCGUCGCCGUGCUGCGCAUGCAGACUCCGGCGUUCCGCGACGCCGACGCUCGCUACACACGUUCCCUUCUUCUCUCCAUCUACGGCGGCAUGAAUGAGAUCGCGCAUGCAUGGCGCACCAUGCUUCCCCUCCUGACGGAGAUGCGGCCGGUUCUCCACCCUGAGAGUUCACCGUUCCGUCUAGCGCCGCCAAUGUCCCAGUCGAGCAGCAUGACGGGCCGCACACCCAUCUCCCCUAUUCUGGAGCAGGGCGAAACCACACCCGCGCGCUCGACCCUCGCUCCGACCGCCAUGCCACCCGUGGGAACAAGCCCCCGCUCGAAAUCCCGCCGGCACGCGGGCUCGUUCUCGGCCCAGGACGUUGAGAAGGGGAUGCUGAUGGGCUCGCCAGUGAGCCAGCGACACGAGUGGCCUGGGCCCGACAUGGGCCGUAUCUUCGAGGGCGCGGAGGGCGAGGGUACCGACGUUCCACCCUUCCCUCUGCACGCCGAGCCCGAACCACCGGCGGACACACCGCCGAGCGCGCGCGCAGCGGGACACGCGCCGACUCUCUCUGGCAGUUCGUUCCAGAGCGCACGCAACAUGAGCUUUGACGUGCGCCCGCCAACACCAGCCAGCGCGACGCUCUUCGACGACGACCUGCUCGAUCAGAUAGAGCUGGCCACGGAGGUUGCGUUCAACGUGUGGCUCAAGGUUGCUAGCGAGAUCGGCACGGCAGACGCGCCCUACACACACAGUAAAGCGGACAGCGCGGGAAGCGUGAACAGCCAACGCCUCUUGAGUGCCAGUGAUGGACGACGACCACCCUCCAUCCCGGCACGACAGUACUCUGAGCUGGUUGCGGCUCUCGGUUCCGCCGAACAGGUGACUGCCAGCUUGAAGGAGACGCUCGCCGGAUUGCGGGCGAACCCGUUCGCCCCGACCCCGUGGCCGCUACACGACCACGCGCAGGGGUUCAUCAAGACGGUCGUGCGGGUGAUGGAACAGCUGCGAGCCGUCAUGGUCCGAUACGCGUUCAGUACAUCCACGCGACAGUUGCUCUCGCGCCUCGCCCAGCUGGCGAGAGAGUGCGCCAUCCUUAUCCAGGUUAGCUCGCACCGGCCGACCAACUCGCACCCCACGUCACACGCCAGUUCACAUGCUGGCUCACAGGCCGGAAGUAUUGGCGGCAUUGGGGGAUUGAACGGACCCGUCAUCCUCUCGCCAUCUGUCUCCCGUUGCAUUGCCGGAAUGGAUUUGAGCAGCAGUGAGGAUCCUGCACCAGCCGGCCUUAGGGGGUUGCAUCUCCCUGCCCGGCAUGGGUUGCGGAACGGCUCGGUCGGACGACGCGAUUAG